AUGGAGGCGUCACCUCUUACGCGCCAGCCUCCGCCCGAGGUCUUCACGCCCAAGAUUGUCGAGCUCUACUCCUCCCUCUUCAAGGACGACGAAGAUGGAGACAAGUCGGACGGCUUCUGGACAGAGUUCUUCCUCCUACGGCCCGACCGCUCGACCCUGCGAAGGAUGCUCAACGACUUGCCCCCCUCCCAUGCCCUUCUGCUCGAGGGCCGGACCAGAGAUGUCUUUGCACGAGCCAUCGGGACGGUCAAGACGGGCCAGGGCCUCGCGCCCCUGCAUGGCUUGGAUACCUUGACCAUUUUCCUUUCUUGCCUGCUGUCCAAGAAGUAUGCGCACCCGAGCUCCGACAUCAUUAACGUCCUGGCCGGGCUCGACCACAUCGAUACCGUCUUCACCGACUUUGUGAGCACCCUAGACGGCAUCUUGCGGAAUGGGGCGGACUUGGACUUGCGGCACAAGGCCGUCGAGGUGCUUCUGGCGGUGACUGCGGGCGCGUACCAGACGACCUUGCUCACGUACCUCAUCCAAAGAGACCUCUUUCCUUCGGUCAUGAAGUUUAUACAAGAUUCCAAGUCUGCCGGCCAGGUGCUGGGACCGUUUACGCUGCUCGGACUCUUGGCCAACUACAACAAGUUUGAGUUUCAGAAUCCGUACCAGCUUCGCUUAAACGACUUUGUCAACGAAUCGACGAUCCAAAAGAUCAUCCGCUGCGUCGGCUACACGUGCCAAGCUUUGCUUUCCGACUACGUCGACAUUCAGGACGAUCUGCCAGAAGGCUGGACAUUUAGCAGCACUCUAAUCAUGAUUGGACUUGGCGCCAUGGUGCCAGGGCCCAAGCCCGAGAAGAAGCCCGUGUACGAUGCUCAGACUGCAAAGCAGAUGUUUUCGGAACUGCCAGGAGAGAACGCGACCGUCCUGCUGGCAACUUACGACUUUUGCCACGCGAACAAGCUCUUUUGCUUCAACCUCGUCACCCUCUCUGGUGACGAGGGAAAGGAGCAGCCGAUGGCGAGUUUUCUGGGGCUGACGUCGUAUCUGCUGCAACACGCCUACCUCUCCAACCGCGCGACUAACUACGCUCAUGUCAACCUGAUGGUAUUUCGUCUGCUGAUUGAAGACUUGGUCAUCUGCAAGAGGAUCUGCAGCGACGAAUCCAAGGCCAACGUGCGCCUCUGCCGCCAACGGCAACCCUUUCUGCCCGUGGUCAAGGGAGAACGGGUGUUUGCGGCAUGCAUCCUCGACGCGAUGAUUGACGGCAUCAACCACAACUUGCGGCGGCGGCUGGACGUCAGCCUCUAUACACUAUGUGUCGGCAUCAUGUUGCGAAUCAUAUCGUACCUGUCGCGCUCCCGCACCCGUCUCCAGUACCACUGGUCGGAGCUGUUCCGGUCCUUGCUGGCCUUGAUCCGGUUCCUCGCGACUUACACGUCGGACCUCAAGGAGCUGUCCCACAUAGACACGCUGCUCGACCACGUCGUAAACCUACUCGCGCUGUCCUUGUCCGCUGGCGAGGCGUUCUUGCCGACCCCGGCCGCAUACGACGACCUGUUUUACAAGGUUGUAGAAUCGGGCGAGAUGCUGACCAAGUUCAAGGAAAAGUACAGGCUCGAGAACCGCAAGAGCAACUCGAUCGACACGCUCAUCAACGUGAGCACGCACUACAAGCAGAUGCUCACGGAAGGGGGCACGUCGUCGAAGAAGAAGCUCAGCAACCUGACGACGCACCAGGUGACCGAAGUCAUCAAGCAAGGCUACGAGACGCUGAGCAUCCAGGCGAAAGAGGGACUGGACACUUGGGACAGGUUCCGGGAGGCAGACGAGAGGACGCUCCUGAAGAAGAUGGCAAGGACGUCCGUGGGCGAUGUACGCGUCAUGAUAGAGAGACAAAUCCAAUGA